AUGUGUCGUUACGCAGAUCCGGCUGGUGCUGAUGAUCAAGGAUCCUCCCUUCUGUCCCACCCCUCCCGUUUCGCUGCGCCCCACCCCUCUACGCCCCUGCCAAUCCACUCACUGCGCGCCAAUGCGCAGAUCCGACUGGUGCUGAUGAUCGAGGACCCGUGCGACCCGCUGUCCUCGUUUCGUUCCACCCCACCCACCUGCCAAUGUUCGUUGCUCCCCACCCCUCCCGUUCCCUGCAGAUCCGGCUGGACCCGCGUAAGGCGGAGCGGCGGCAGAUGGGCAUCGAGAACGAGAGCGACGAGAGGAGACGAGAUCGCUGGCGCGUUCUUUGAGGUACAAGGGGAGGGGGAGAGGGGAGAGGUGGGGCGAGGGGACGAG